AUGGUAAAAAAUAAACAAGGAGAACGUACGACAUCCGAUGUUCUUAUGUUCCAAGAGCUUGAACUAACCAUGGCUAAAUUCCUGAAGGAGGCUCUCGCUCUGAGACAGGCUCUCGCCAUCGUGAAAAUUUUGACAGAGGAGAACGAGGCCCUCAAGCGUGGCAAUGCUCCUAAGCAGUCCGCGCGCGGCUUCGAACUGAACGAGGCGAAGGCAAGACUUGCGAUGUGA